GCGAAGGACCUUACAGUUGCACAGGUGCUUGAGUUGCAUGCGCGGCUGGAGUCCGGUGCUUUGCAUGCCUUCGACAGGGCCUUCCUUGCAUCUCUGCUGAUUAGACUUUAUGCAAGGGCGAGGCCGAGUGACCUCCUCUUCAUCGAGUCUGUGGAGAUAGAUUGCCCUGCAGGUGCUGAGUACCCGCUGCUUGUUUUCGAGGUCUCCCAGCAUAAAGGUGCCCGGAAGGUUCAGCUGAAAUCAAGGUUGCUGCCAAUCCUGGUGCCCAUGAUAGGUGUGAAUGGCAAGUGCUGGGCUGGCGAAGCCAUCAGAGCCUUCGCUGAUGCAGGGAGGAGUUUGGCCUCGAUUCGAGGUCCGCUGACUCUCGCGCCCUCGGAUGAGUCAGGCACUGUUCAUUCCAGGAGGUCGGUAUCGUCUGCAGAAGUAGGCCGUGCUCUUCGGGCCUUCUUGGGUGUGCCUGAAGAAAACCUUGACCCGGCCGUGUCAAGAGUUACUGCCUAUUCCUUGCGAGGGACUUGCUUGGGCUGGGGUGGCAAAUUCGGUUGUGAUGAGGACUUGAAAAGUGUCUUAGGGCGCCACUCUUCUUCGAUCAAGACGACGCAGGCGAUCUAUAGCCGAGAGCUUGCAGCAGCUCCCGCACGGAAGCUGCAGGAUAUGAUUCGCGAAAUUGCUGAGGGCAGGUUCUUCCCAGAUAACAGCCGCUCCAGCUACUUCCCGAGCCAGGCGAAACUUACGGUCCCUCCUGUGCGAGAGCCUGUCGGUAAAGGAAUCGUCGGAGAGCGAGUCGACGGGGUCGACAUCUUCCUCGUCAGACGAUGGGGAGGCACCACCCGUGGUCAAGCGGUGGAGACGUGCCAAGGUGGAAGCAUCGGAUCAGGAAAGCUACGAAGGAUGAGGUUUGCAGAGGUGCAGAGUGCCGGACUUGCCGGCGAAACGUAUAAGGUGGGUCUGAGCCGCGAGACCCUCAGAGCCUUCGCUGAUCAUGGCAUCGAUACAUUGAGCAAGCUCGCUUACUCGUGCGGGCAGCCAGGGACCCCUCUUCCUCAGACAGAGUUUGAUGAUUUCGUUGCAUCGUUAAUUCCGGCUGCCUUGCUGGGGGAGAAGGGGAGUGUCAAAAGGCUGCUGUUCGAAAGCCAGGCCUUGCUGCUGAAUGAUUUGCGAGAGCAGGUUACACAGCCUGACAAGUGGUCAACUAAAGAUGUUCCCAUUGUGGAGCGUCAGAAAAGGAUGGAGGCUGUGAAGGCCAGCAUACCAGGGGUGGUCGUCGAGGGACCGCUUGAGCCCUCCCAUGGGCUCUUGAAUGCAGCCUGCAGGAUGGAGCGCGAAGGGCAGCUUCGCUACAUUGCUCCGGAGCAGUGUGGCACAAGGAUGUACGAAAUUCAAAACGUGAAAGCUCAGAGCAAAGUCUUGUCUCUGGAAGAAGGGAAGCUUGCCAUUUCUGAGGAGAAGGGUUUGCCCGAGGUUGCGUGUGGCUCUGCAUUGCUGCUUCAGGAGGCGCUGAAGAGGCGCGGGGUCGCCCUGCAAAUUGCAGGUGUGGCUUCCUUCUUGGCGCAUGAGAGAUACAUACAGAAGUUGUUUGCUCAUAUGGGGCGAGAGCCCCCUCCUGGGCAUUCGAGAACGAGUGUGCAUCAGUUGCUUACCGCUGACAGGCAGGUGUGGACUAAGAUGAUUGAGGAUGAAGUUCCAGCGAAGCGGGGUGCCGACGGUCGUCACCCCGUUGACGAUGCACUGGUGCCUGCUCUGCAGUCAUAUGAAGUGACUGUUUGCCUGCUGCCUCGUGCGGCUGCAGAAAGCAAAAAGAGGCCUGCACCCCCGAAAAGGUUUGCACAGGAUCGUGACACGAAAACCCUGAAAGGCGACCCGAGCAGAGGUGCAGGCAAAGGCAAUGGCAAAGGUAAAAGGGCCACGUGGCAGCCCAGCGUACCGGAAGGCAUUCGGAAGCUGGGCGGGCAUGCUCAGACGCCAGACAAGAAGCACAUUUGUUUCUCCAGGAACUUGCCUUGUGGGUGCACCCUUGAUCCGUGCCCAAAGGGCUUGCAUGUGUGUGCUUUGUGCUUUUCGCCCGAGCAUGGAAUCCAGGAGUGCCCGAAAAAGCCGAAGUGA